AUGGCCGCUACGAACCACACGACGAGCCAGUCGUCGAACACGUCUGCGCAAGCGCGCGACGUCAUUUCGUGGCACGCCUACACGAGCGGUCUCAAAGCCGGCGCAGUUGCGGCAGUGGUCGCUGCCACUGCUGUCGCGACGGCCAACAAGUACUGGUCCACGUUUCGCCACCGGUUGGGGGUGAGUGGCAAGACGGCGCUCGUCGUGUCGCCCUUCUUGGGCGCGUUUACGAUCGUCGCGGAGAACCGACUGGUCCACGGCGCCCGGAACCCCGAAAUGUACUUGGCGACCCUCAACGGCCCGGCGGGCGCAACGUUACCGCACGAGACGCCGCAGCUGAAGCUCUGGCAACGGAGCGCCAAUGCGCUGUACGAGCACCCGUACCGCGCGCUUGUGGCCGUGGGGGGCCCUCUGGUCGGCGGCAUUUACGGCUACCAGCACCUGAACAAGGGCAUCUCAGCCUCGCAACAGAUUAUGCACACCCGCAUUUACGGCCAAGCGCUGGUCGUCGUGCUCUUGCUGGGGUCCAUGGCCUUUCAUGACUACAUGGGCAAGCGCGGUAAGUAUACGAUCGAAGGAGACGAGGAGGACUAG